AUGGCAGAAGCAAGAAGUUCUGCAGAUGAGGAAAAGGAAUUCUUUUCAAGAGUAACCCUUGCACUGACCGACUGUGGAACGAAAUUGUUAUUACAUCUUUUAAUACGAAGAAUUCAGGAGCUCACACCAAAAGACCAUCCACGUCAACCCUGGUCACUAGAUGAGUUUUUAUACAAUAAUGUGAAAGAUAUUUUGAUAUCUAUAGGCAAAGAUAAAAUGAAAAGAAACAUUCUUUAUCCAGGUUUUCAGAAAGAAACAGAUUUGAGCAAGUGGGAUAUUCCUCUCUAUGUGUUUGUACUUCUAAACGCAUGUGAACUAGACGACACUGACUAUAUACGCAGUCAACUCAGACACGACAUCUGUAACAUUAGAAACAUAAGGAACAAAAUGCAACACAUGGGUAAUCCUAGAUUGAAGGAGGCAAUUUACCGCAGUUAUAUUGGCCGCAUUGUCGGUGCAGUUGAGCGAAUAUGCGACUACAUUCAAAAGCCCAAAAUGAAAAUAUCUCUUCUGAAAGAUAUUGAGAAGUACUCAAGCCUUAGACAUUUAUUUCAAACCGGUGUUAUUUCAGAGACAGGUUGCAAAAGCGUUGACAUAAUUAAUGAAUCUGACGCAGCGGUUGAAAGCGGGUUGCAGGAAAUGAUGACGAUCAUUGAGAAAAAGAGGUUGUCAGUGAACAUACCAGUAAUUGAUGUCAUGGUUAUGUUUCGGAACUACAAUAAAGAAGACGAACAAGCUAUUACGGAACGAUUGCUUGAAAUCUUUUCACAGUCAUUAGAGAAUGGCACAGCAUUACCAGCCGACAGGUCUUCAAACGAGCUGGAUGUUGUAGUAAAGUCCCUUGUUCGAAAAUUAGUUGACGAGAAAAAAGAGAUAACGAAAAUCAGCAGAGGCUGUCUUGUCCUAUCAAUCCGGUGUCACGAUUUGGACGCAGUUAUUUCUUUGAUACAAGACAGUCUUUCGGGAAAGCUGGAGAGUAUAUUUGAACCACUUGAAGAACUUAUGCGAACUGAUGCAUACCAUGAGCUCUUUGAAGUUUGUGUUGGCAUAACAAAGCAAAGUUGCUGGGCUCUCUUUUACGAAAUGUUCUGUGAGGUGUCAGACCAAUGUGAUCAACGUAGAUUCACUGUAGAAAGUACAGUACAGAAUGAUGGUAUUGUUGUUAGAAUUCAAGGGUUUCUUCAAAAUGCCAUUGUAAAAGAAAACUUAGAGAAGUCAUUUUCAUCGAAGGUUAAAAAAGAAGUAUGCAAGACAAUAAAUGAAUAUUUGGCGUCAGAUCUUGACCAACCUGGCAUGGAUAUGAUUUUAUUGUCACCGAAAUUACAUGAAGAAAUGGAAGAUAUGACGAUCGGAUCAGCGUCCAAACAUACGACAUCUGGGUUAAAAAAGAAAGAAAAAACAAAAGAUGUAAGUCAUAUUCCGUUUGUUACUAAGCCGGACAAAACGAGGGGUUUUGGAGUCUGGCAGAGACCGAAGACGCCAGAUCGGAUGGAUUCAAAGGAGAAGAAACGCCCAUCACUCAUGAAGAUCAAGGAACAAGACAACGAAAAAACACAAGCAGUUGUUGACUUAUCGAAUUGUGAACCAGGUCUCAGUGAGUUAAAAGAAGAAAGGUUGGUGGCCACCAAUACUGUGACAACUGAUAAAAAGAAAAGGGAUGAAACCAGUUGUGCCAGCAGCACGGACACAUAUAAUAAGGGAUAUACCGUUGUCCAAAAUGCAGAUAACGAUCCGAUUCUUCAGCACAAGGGUAAAAUGGGUAAUAUGGAGUUGCUUGACAAAAACGGUAAAGGCGAAUACGGUAGCAUUUUUGGGUUAACUAUCGUAAACGACAAGUACCUGGUUGCGGCUGACAAUUGGAAGUUGUGUUUGCGAUGUUUUGACAUUGAUAAUAGGAAACAAGAAUACAUGUAUGAAAUUAAAUUGGAACCUUGGGAUAUAACGACAAUACCUGAAUUAAAGUUAACCAAAGAUGUUAUGGAAUUGCAUCCUGUGGUGAUAACUUAA